AACACAGCCCCCUUUCCUGUCUUCGCAUCAAGGAAAUAGGUUGAGUGUCAGAGAAACCCGCUGCUAAGAGUGCACUAGGCCUUCUGGCCCAGGUCCCUGCUCAGCUUGGGCCUCGGUGCUGCCGCUGCUGUGUCCAGAACCAGCCGUCUGUUGGCAUUGGGGACCAGAGAACUUUCAGGUGGCCUGUUUGCCUGGACAUCUAUCGCACAUCCCCAGGGACUGGUGAGGUGCACAGACGCAUACCCUACGCGGGGCAGCAGCGGCGAUGCCGGACCCCGCAGCACACCUGCCCUUCUUCUACGGCAGCAUCUCGCGCGCCGAGGCCGAGGAGCACCUGAAGCUGGCGGGCAUGGCCGACGGCCUCUUCCUGCUGCGCCAGUGCCUGCGCUCGCUGGGCGGCUACGUGCUCUCGCUUGUGCACGACGUGCGCUUCCACCACUUCCCCAUCGAGCGCCAGCUCAACGGCACCUAUGCCAUCGCGGGUGGGAAGGCGCACUGUGGACCCGCCGAGCUCUGCGAGUUUUACUCGCGCGACCCUGACGGACUACCCUGCAACCUGCGCAAGCCGUGCAACCGGCCGUCGGGACUCGAGCCGCAGCCCGGGGUCUUCGACUGCCUGCGGGACGCCAUGGUACGCGACUAUGUGCGUCAGACGUGGAAACUGGAGGGAGAGGCCUUGGAGCAGGCCAUCAUCAGCCAGGCCCCCCAAGUGGAGAAGCUCAUCGCCACCACAGCCCACGAGCGGAUGCCUUGGUACCACAGCAGCCUGACGCGUGAGGAGGCCGAGCGCAAACUCUAUUCCGGCUCGCAAACCGACGGCAAGUUCCUGCUGAGGCCCCGGAAGGAGCAGGGCACAUAUGCGCUGUCCUUGAUCUAUGGGAAAACCGUGUACCACUACCUCAUCAGCCAGGAUAAGGCAGGCAAAUACUGCAUACCUGAGGGGACCAAGUUUGACACGCUCUGGCAGCUGGUGGAGUACCUGAAGCUGAAGGCCGAUGGGCUCAUCUACUGCCUGAAGGAGGCCUGUCCCAACAGCAGUGCCAGCGCCAGCACAGGAGCUGCUGCCCCCACACUUCCAGCCCACCCAUCCACGUUCACUCAUAGGCGGAUUGACACCCUCAACUCAGAUGGAUACACCCCUGAACCAGCGUGCUUAGCGUCCCCAGACAAACCGCGGCCAAUGCCCAUGGACACAAGCGUGUAUGAGAGCCCGUACAGUGACCCCGAGGAGCUCAAGGACAAGAAACUCUUCCUGAAGCGUGAGAACCUCCUCAUAGCUGACAUCGAACUUGGCUGUGGCAACUUUGGCUCAGUGCGCCAGGGUGUCUACCGCAUGCGCAAGAAGCAGAUCGAUGUGGCUAUCAAAGUGCUGAAGCACAGCACGGAGAAGGCGGACAAGGAUGAGAUGAUGCGUGAGGCACAGAUUAUGCACCAGCUGGACAACCCCUACAUCGUGCGGCUCAUUGGCGUCUGCCAGGCUGAAGCCCUCAUGCUCAUCAUGGAGAUGGCAGGUGGUGGGCCCCUGCACAAGUUCCUGCUGGGAAAGAAGGAGGAGAUCCCUGUCAGCAAUGUGGUGGAGCUGCUGCACCAGGUGUCCAUGGGGAUGAAGUACCUGGAAGAGAAGAACUUUGUGCACCGAGACUUGGCGGCCCGCAAUGUCCUUCUGGUCAACCGGCACUACGCCAAGAUCAGUGACUUUGGCCUCUCAAAGGCCCUGGGUGCCGAUGACAGCUACUACACUGCCCGCUCGGCUGGAAAGUGGCCACUCAAGUGGUAUGCGCCCGAGUGCAUCAACUUCCGCAAGUUCUCCAGCCGCAGCGACGUCUGGAGCUAUGGGGUCACCAUGUGGGAGGCCUUCUCUUACGGCCAGAAGCCAUACAAGAAGAUGAAGGGCCCCGAGGUCAAUUCCUUCAUCGAGAAGGGUAAGCGGAUGGAGUGCCCGCCAGAGUGUCCUCCUGAAAUGUACGCACUCAUGAGCGACUGCUGGACAUACAGGUGGGAGGACCGUCCAGACUUCCUGACGGUGGAGCAGCGCAUGCGGACCUACUACUACAGCUUGGCGAGCAAGGCUGAGGCCCCCCCAGACUGCGAGAAGGGGGCUGAGGCUGCUUGUGCCUGAGCGCCAGCCUCCUGGGGCCACAGCGCUGGUGCCCCAGCCUUUCUCUGUGCCCUUGGCCCCAUCCCAGGAGCUCCAGCGUGGCUGGGCCAGCUCAGCUCCUGUUGCCCAGCAACUGGGCUGCGGGAGGACCAGCUGAGGCCUCAGGCCCGCACUGCUCUAGCGUUGCCUACCUGGUCACCUGUCCUCUCUGGCUGGGGAGUUGGGAAGCCCCAGGGAGGGGGGACAUGUAGCCUGGUCUUUGGCUGGUAUCUACUGGGGGCCUCUGAGCUGAGGGGUGUUGCUUAUAAAAAAGACCCCUCCUUCCUCUGGGCCCUGAAGGGGAAGACGGGGAGACCUCAGGUGGCAAGACCUCAGUCAUUGGAAUAAACUCAGCUUCUCUCUUG